AUGUCCUUCUUCCGCAUCACCCUCCACCGAUCCGCCAUCGGCCUCCCCGAGCGCACCCGCGGCGUGCUCCAGGCGCUGGGCCUGCGCCGCCGCAUGCAGACCGUCUUCCACCCCGCGGAGCCGCAGUUUGCCGGCAUGAUUAUGAAGGUCAAGGAGCUGGUGCGCGUGCAGGAGGUGGAGCGGAGGCUGAGCAAGGGCGAGGUCAAGGCGGAGAGGACGCCGGAGAAGGGGUUUUACGUUGAGAGGGCGGUGCGACGGAUGUAA